UCUCUGUUGUGUAACAAGCAGCAGCAUCAUCAGCCACACUCACAGAGCUGCACACGUGGGCAGAGGGCGGGGGAAUGUUUUGACAUGAGGGCUGGCGCAUUAUGAUGACGUCACACUGGAAUUCAGGGCAGCGAUUGGUGGGAGCCGCUGGGCGUGUUUUAGUUAGCUAGUGCGGAGCAGCCUGAUGUCUGGGAAUCUGACACUUUUCCCUGUAUAGACUUUUCUCCAGGACUUCCCUGUUGCCGUUGUGAAGUGGCCCCUAUAGCAAGCUAUGCAUCCCUCACCUUCUGCGUGACAUAGUUCUGUCUCAUUUAUUUACCUGUCUUUGUACAUCAAUACACAGUCACAUCAGCUACAUGUCUGAAUCUGAGCCCCAGUGCACAGUGACCGAGGUCUGUGACCCACAACAUGCCGCAAAGCUGCUCCGGGCUCUUGGUUCGUUCAGAGGGGAGUCCGGCUUCUGCGAUGCACUUCUGCUUCUGGAGGGGCAGGAGAUCCCUAUACAGAGGAAUAUACUGGCAGCAGCCAGUCCGUACAUACGAGCAAAGCUCAACUACAACCCUCCAAAGAAUGAUGGGUCCAUUUAUCGAAUUGAAUUGGAAGGCAUAUCUGUGGAUGUUAUGAAAGAAAUCCUGGACUAUAUCUUCAGUGGGCAGAUCAGGCUAAGUGAAGAGACCAUCCAGGAUGUUGUUCAGGCAGCAGAUCUCUUACUUCUUACUGACCUCAAAACUUUGUGCUGUGAGUUCCUGGAGGGCUGCAUCACUGCUGAGAACUGCAUUGGCAUCCGUGACUUUGCACUGCAUUACUGCUUGAAUCAUGUGCAUUAUGUGGCUACGGAAUUUCUGGAGACACACUUCAGAGAUGUUAGCAGCACAGAGGAGUUUCUGGAGCUGGGUCCAAUAAAAGUCAAGGAAGUGCUGUCCUUGGAAAAACUCAAUGUGGGAAAUGAAAAAUAUGUCUUUGAAGCUGUACUUCGAUGGCUAUCCCAUGAUUUGGAAGCAAGAAAAGUUCACAUGAAAGAUGUGAGCUCUGCUUUAUGGGUCUCUGGCCUGGACUCCAGCUAUCUGCGAGAGAAAAUGCUUAUUGAGCCUUUGGUUCGAGAGAUGGUCAGAGAGUGCAGCAACAUUCCACUUAGCCAGCCUCAACUUGGAGAAGCAGUUCUGGCUUCCUUUAAACCGAGGGGCUACUCUGAGUGCAUUGUUACAGUUGGGGGCGAGGAGCGAUCAACCCGUAAGGCACUAGCUUCAGUGAAAUGUAUGUGCCCUCUUUAUGAUCCAAAUCGGCAGCUAUGGAUUGAACUAGUAUCACUAAGCACACCAAGGAUAAGCCAUGGGGUUCUUUCGGCAGAGGGAUUCCUGUUUGUACUUGGAGGUCAAAAUGAAGACAAUGAAACACUGGACACUGGAGAACACUAUGAUCCUGAUGCCAAUGCUUGGAGUUCACUACCCCCAAUGCUUGAGGCCAGGCAUAGUUUUGGCGUGGUGGAUAUAGACGGAGUAAUUUAUGUACUUGGAGGAGAAAACGGGGACCGUGAGCUUCUCUCUAUGGAAUCAUAUGACACAUGCACAAAAUCAUGGAGCAUGCAGAAAAACAUGACCAUGGUUAGAAAGAUCGGCUGCUAUGCAGCAAUGAAAAAGAAAAUCUAUGCAAUGGGAGGCGGCUCCUAUGGAAAACUCUUUGAAUCUGUUGAAUGCUAUGACCCCAAAACUCAGCAGUGGACUGCAAUAUGCCCCUUGAAAGAAAGGAGGUUUGGAGCUGUCGCAUGUGGUGUUGGAAUGGAGCUGUAUGUCUUUGGUGGGGUUAGGAGUCGGGACAAUGAUACUCAGAACAGUGACAUGGUGGCUUGCAAAUCUGAAUUCUAUCAUGAUGACUUUAAACGGUGGAUAUACUUGAAUGAUCAGAAUUUAUGCAUCCCAACAAGUUCGUCAUUCGUGUAUGGGGCAGUGCCAAUCGGAGCCAGUAUUUAUGUUAUAGGCGAUCUUGAUACAGGUACAAGUUAUGACUAUGUAAGAGAAUUUAAGAGGAGCACUGGUACCUGGAGCCACGUGAAGCCAUUAUUUCCUUCAGAUCUCCGUCGCACAGGCUGUGCAGCACUGCGCAUAGCAAACUGCCGUCUCUUCCGACUGCAGCUACAACAAGGACUGUUCCGCAUUCGCGUCACUACUUCCUGAGACCCUGGUUUAGCUGAAGGCUUCAAGUAAUGCAAACACCCCACUUUGUACAAUAGAAUGGAGGCAUCUGUCCUGCUGCAGCCAAACUGCAGCUGGUACACAGAGCUUGGGUAGGAAACGAUUUACAUUCAAAUGUUGCAAAUUCAGCUAAGGGGAAAAUUAUAUAGUAAUGAAAUAUACAUGCAAAGAUGGAUUAGGCAGCAGUGGGUGGAAAAACAAAAAUAUAUCAAAUUGCUUUGUGCUUAAUGGGACCUGUUUUUAAUACUUAAGCAUGAUGCAAUGUAUUUACUUGGCUAGCUUUAAUAUGCAAAACACAAAAUGUUCUUUAAAAUAAGCGACAAUCUAAUCAUGUUGCAUAACGAAAAUGUAUCUUCUGAGAUUACCUCAUUGCUAACAGUAGAGUCUUCAUCUUUGCUGAACACUAAUCUGUCCAUUCUUUAAAGGACGACAUGUUCCGAUUAUACCAUAUAUUUAUUUUGUGCCUUCAAACUUUGCACAGGAUAGUUUACAAUUGUUUUUCUUCUAGGAUGGUUAUUUUAAAUAGUAACAACUUUUUUAUUUUCCUUUGGUUAUUUUUAAUAGUAACUAACAUUUUGUGGGGAUAUGAGUCCCAAGAUAUAGGGAUGGGGAAAUAUUUUCAAACUGCAUAGUGAAAAAAGCUGGCAUAAAAACAUAUACUAUAAACUGUAUAUGUAUUACUAAGAGUUUUCGUACACAUCUGUUGUUAUUGUAAUCCAGUCAGUUGAAAAGGUGAUGGGAGCAAUGUAGAUGUAGGUAUCUAAAACACAGUGGCGUAACAAUAGAGGAAGUGGACCCCGCAGUCCCACGGGGGUCUGCUUCCUCUAUAACCAACAAGAACCCCCCCUCCCCAGCUGCUCUCGACCUGCGACGGGGAAGCAGAGCACGUCGGCAUGGGGCGGAGUGGGCAGAGUCAGGGUGGGAAGUGGGCAGGAGGAUGGAGAUCAGGGUGCGCUGGCCCUCAAGAUUUUUUUGCAGGUGGACCCAGCGCACUAUAGUUAUGCCACUGCUAAAAAAUACUAAAAAUAAACAUGUUUUCUAUAUGUCACAUCAAACCAGAAAAAUGGUUAUUGCCAACGUCUAGUAAGUGUCGGACUAGGGACCUAACAAUUAGACAGAGACAGUGCCAAAUUGGUAUCGAUGUUAUAAUGGGAGCUUUCCCAAACUGGGGGCCACUAGGACAUGCUCCUCGGUCUGACCCUGUUUCUAAUCACUUUAUAUACAUUCCACUGUUAUGGGAAAGCAAAUUAAGUGCCCAUAAAGUUAUUAAUAUGAGCAUUAGGGGAAAUGUAAUCAAAAAAGAUGAUAUAUCAGAGAGCUAGGUUAUCAUCAUUACCUUAUCAGUCAUUCGAUUUAUAAUAUUAAAUGUGGACAUGGCAUAUUAAAAUAUUGAGUUAAAUCGUUCAGACACCUCUCACUUUAAAAAAGGUGUUUUAUCUGCAACGUGCAGCAUUGGGUUAUAAUAACGUGUGUAUGGGUAUAUAUAUAUAUAUAUAUAUAUAUAUAUAUAUAUAUAUAUAUAUAUAUAUUUAUUUACAUACAAAUAUAUAAAUGUACUUUAUGUUGUUACUGUUUAAAAACCUUAUUGAGACCUACCUAAUCAGCAUGGGGACCCAUAGGUUAAGAAUUCCUUUAUGACUUUAAAAGAACUCUAUAAAAUGAAUGGUCACAAACUUAUUGUAAAUGUUGGUAAGAUGUAUUAUCACGGGUGGAAUGCAGAAGUAGCAGUGCACUGGUUCACCAAACUGUGUGCUCAUGUGAAAUCAUUAAUUAGCCUUGCCGUGUGUCUCUUCCUGCUAUGUUAUCCUGGUAAUAAGUAGACAUAUUGGGCAAGGGAGGCUUCUUCAGGACAAUGAGCCUAUAGCUAGGGAUGCACCGAAUCCUGUAUUUAGUUUGGUAUUUGGCCAAAUCCAAGCUGUUUUAUCAGGAUUUUGAUUCGGUGAAUCCAUUAGCCUCGUUUCGGUUUCGGAGUUCGGCUGAAUCUGUAACCCUAUAUUCGGGGUUCAGCUGAACCCUAAAAAGUGCAUCCCUACCUAUAGCUUUAUCUGCACCUGGUGCAGGGAUCCUGAUGCUAUGAAUGCUGGGCAGUUCAUUUCACAAGCUUUGUCACUAAAACGUAACAUUUACCUGCAAAUGUGUAUUGUAAGGCAGUAGAGAAACAUGAUGGCAGAAUUACUCUGGAUUACCAUGUUGUUAUUUUAUCAUGCUGUUUUAUCAGCGCACGUACACGUUCACUUGUUAUGGAUGGAUCGUGCUUCUAGGAGAGGUGUGUGUGUCUCAUCUUUAUUAUAAUAUCUUGAUGUAAUUUUAUUGUUUUGUCCCCUGAAUGUGUCCUUGACAAACUAAUAUAACAAUACGACAAUUACAGUAUGUCUUCUGAUCCUCCCUAUGUGUGUGUUGUGAAACAACCCUGCCCUUUGUUCCAGUUCUGUAGCACCAUAAAGUGCAGAGAGGAAAAAAAGAGAAGCGUUAAGUUUAUUUCCUGAAAGCUGAAUAAUUUAUUGGAAGCACAAACAAAACUUUUUUAUUUAUUUUUUUUGGCACUAAUUUCUUCUUUCAAACAUACAUGUAAAAGAAGUAUUUCACCCAUUAGGCACAGAUUAUUUUACAAACUAUAUUUUCCCUGAGCAAGGGUUUAGGCUUAAUAAACGGUUUCUCUUUGUUACAAAUGCUGUGCAAAUCUUCAUAUUUUUUCAUUCAAUGUUUUGCAGAGGGAUCCAACCACCUGAAACAAUAAACUAAUAAAAGGGUUUUUGCUGCA